GACGUCAUCAAAGGUCCUUCACUCAAACAGGAACCAGCACCUACAGUUGCAAUAAUUGCGGAAAUGGAGGACACCGGACAGGAUGCAUCACCAGCCUCCAAUGCAGCAGGGAAGUCAAAGCUGGACUCCCUGCCUAAAGAAGAUCUCAUCAAAUUUGCAAAGAAGCAGAUGAUGAUUAUUCAGAAAGUAAAAUCGAGAUGUGCAGAUUUAGAAAAAGAAGUGGAAGAAUUGAAAUCUAAACCAGUUACAGGAGGGGCAGAUGAUGUUGUACAGGCACUUACUGACAGACUGGAUGCUGUUCUCCUGGAAAAAGCAGAAAAUCAUCAACAGUUGGUUUAUAUGAAGAAAGAAUUUACUAAAGCAAAAGAAGAAUCUGAGGCUGCUUUCAAGAGAGCUAGUGAACUUCAACAUCAGCUGGAACAGUCAAACAAUAACCUGUUAGAAGAAAUAGCGGUAUUAAAGAAUGACCUAUCACAGUCCCAAAUCAAUCACAAAGAGGAUAUUGAUACUUUAAAGAAGGAACUACAAGAUGCCCUUAACAAACAAAAAGAGUUAACUGAGAGACUGAGCCAACAAGAAGAGCAAGAUGCUCACAUAAAAAAGCUAGAGCAAGGGCUUCAAAGUAUGUGUCAAGACUAUGAAGAAAGGAUAUCUAAGUUGCAUAAAGAUGUACACCUUGUUACAGAAGAGAAGAAUGAGGGAAUCGCCAAACUCAAAGAUGCCCAGGCAGCUUCAGAACAGUACUCCUGUGAGAUCCAAGAUCUCCAUGCAAAAAUUUUGGAGUUACAAGCUCGGCACAAAGAGGAAGUAUCAAACCUAAUGCACGAGCUUCAAAUCUCCACCAAGGAAUCUGAGAAGGAUAAAAGUGCAUUGCAAGACAUCAUUAAUCAAUCUCUAGAAAAAGAGAAAAUAUUGCAGGAGGAUAAUAAAUCAAACCUGAAGAAUAGUGAUGUAUCUUAUGAGCAAAAUGUCACAUCUCAAAGUGAAAAUGAUGUCCCACAUUUAAAAUUUGUUGUCAAAGAAUUGGAGUCUCAACAAAGUCUCUUAAAAGAUGAACUCACCUACAUAAGCAAUGUGAAGAUUAAUCUGGAGAGGCAAGUGCAGCACUUGAAAACUGAAUAUUUCCAUGAACGAGAAGAAUUAGAAUUUAAGAUCAAUGAACUUCAACUUGCUAUAGAAGAGUAUAAUAGUCUAAUAGAAAAAUUAAAGGCAGAGCUUGAGUCUACUAAAACAGAUAAUAAACAGCUGGCCCAGCAAAAAGCCAUUGAUAUCCAGAGCAUGAGAGAUCAGCACAGGAAAGAAAUGUAUGAACUUAAACAAACAAUAACAUCGCGUUUUGAAGAUGAAAGAGUAUCUAUUGCCCAAGAAACGCAGAUUUUAAAAGAACAGUGUGAUAAACUCCAUCAAGAAAAAGAUGAUGCUGUGAGUAGCUAUGAGAACUUGCGGGAAACGUUUGUCAGUCUCCAGGCAGAACUUGAGGAUUCUGCUGGGAAGAUCAGCCGAGAGUUUGAAACUAUGAAGCACCAGCAGGCCACAGAUGUUCAUGAACUUCAGCAGAAAUUGAGAGCUGCGUACAAGGAUAAAAAUGAACUCCUUGAAACCGUGAAUCAGCUACAGAGUAAAUGUGAACAGUGGUCAUCAAAAGAAAAAGAAUAUGAAGAACUUCAACAUAAGAUCGCUAAAUUGCAACAGAAUAAUGAAGACUAUGUAACCUCUUUGCAUCAGAAGGAGGAGUUUAUAAAAGAACUCCAGCUUAAAGUUGAUGAAAAUUCUAAACACAAUGCGGAUCUAGCUGUUCUCAAUGAAGAGGUCCAGAAACUGCAAGAAAUGUACAAGAGGGAACAAGUCAAUGUGGAGGCAUUGCGUCAAGAGGCUGAGAGCCAGGCUAUGCUUAAUGCACAACUACAGAAAACAGUGGAGGACCUGACACAGAAACUUCAGGAAUCUACCUUAUCAUCCCAUCAAACUGACAGUGAAGAUCUCCGCCUCAAGGUUACUUGGUGGCAACAAAAAAAUGAAGAGGUCACAGCUACUUUGUGUGAAAAAGAAGAACUGGUAAAAGAUCUUCAACUGAAAAUAGAGGAGACAACUAAACAAAACACUGCGAUAUCUUGUAGCAUGCAGCAAGCAAAUAAAGAACUUCAGGAAAUGCUCCAGAAUGAGCAGACAAAGACUCUGAACUUCCAGCAGGAAGCAGAGAUCCGUGUCAAGCUCAUUGCACAGUUGGAGCAAACCGUUGAAGAGUUGACUCGGAAAUUGAGCAGUACUGAGCAGAGUUUGGAGGAGAUGAAAAAUCUCCAGCAGCAACUAAACACCUUGCUUCUCGAAAAAGAGAAGAUCGAGGAAGACUCCAAAAAGUGGCAAAAUGAAGUGUUGCAACUUAGUGAAGACAAGGCAGUCCUUUCUAAAGACUUUGAUAGCCUUACUUCUGAACACAGUCAAUGUCUCGCUUCUAGUGAGGAGUUAGGUGACUUGAGAAAGAAAAUACAACUGAUAACAGAGGAGAAGGAUGAAAUAACUAGGCUUCUUAUGAGUAAAGAGCAGAAUAUAGAAUCAUUUCAGCAGCAGCUUUAUAUUCUUCAGGACAUACUGACCAUUGACAGCGGAGAUCAAGAUUUUAUUCCAAUGCUUGAAAAUAUUAACAAAGCAGUUCUCCAGCUAAAAGAAGAAAAGGAAAAUAUUCUGUCACAGAAAGAGGAGACAUCUGUUCAGCUUGAGAGGCUCCAUGAAGACUAUGAAAUACAGUGCUCAGAGCUAAGAGCUCUAAUAAGUGACUACUCUAAAGAAAAGGUACUAUUGAAGGAAGAGCAGGAGGAAACGCUUAGAGACAAAGAAGCACUCCAAAGAGAUCUCCUAGAGAUGAAACAUGCGCUUGAAAAAUCCAAACUGGAAAAUCAAGAUUUACUUUCUAAUGUAGAAAGUUUAACUUCAGAGCUGAAUGCUGUACAGAAGGAAGCACAAGAUGAUAUAAAGGUAGAAAACAAAGAGGGUACUCUGACGCAAGAAGUGACUAGUGAUGAGGAUUUGGUUUCAAAAGCAUUGGAUAAUCAACAGAAAUCUCUUAUAGCAGAGCUUCAAAAUAAAAUGGAGAAUCUACAGCGAGAAUCUAAGGAUAAAGAAGAGAAGAGUAAUAAGAUUAAAGCAGUUGCUAUUAAAGCAAAGAAGGAGCUAGACGCCUAUAAAAAGGAGGUCCUGUCAAUAAAAGAAGAACUAGAGCGAGUAAGAGCAGAAAAGCAGCAACUGACCGCUUCCAUGAAGGAUGUUGUUCAAGGUGCAGAAAGUUAUCGGAAUCUGCUGGGAGAGUAUGACAAACAAGUAGAGUUGCUGGAAUUGGAGAAGGAGAAAGUCAGAUUAGCAGAGCACCAGUUGGAAGACCUUUCACGUCAACUGAGAACUGCCACACUAGAGCAAGAAAAAAUAAGCUCUCUCCAUGAAGACCUAGUCAUCCGUAUGGAAACUUUGCAGUCCAACAACAAGUUACUUGAGGCACAAAUACUGGAAACCCAGAAAGCUAAAGCGGCACUGGAGAAAGAUUUGGAAGCUGAAAAGUUAAUAAAAGAACAGAAAGUAAAGGAGCAAAACUGUACCCAAAAGCAGGUUGAAGAUCUUCAAGCACAGCUACAGAAAGAGAGAAAACAACUUCAGAAAGUCACACAAGACUUUGAACUUGUCAGAAAGGAUGCUCAGAAGAGCACACUGAUGGACAUGGAAAUAGCCGACUAUGAACGCUUGGUCAAGGAGCUCAACCAGAAGAUUACCAACAAGAGCAGCCAGCUGGAGGACUUGGAGCAGGAGGUCCGUGUGCAGAAGCAGAAACAGGAAAUUCUACAAGAACAAAUAUCAACACUACAGUCAACUGUGGAACAACAUGAGGAGCGCAGCACAAAGAUGAAGCAAUUGUUGGUUAAAACUAAAAAAGAGCUGUCUGAUUCUAAGCAGGCUGAAUCGGAUCAUUUAAUACUCCAAGCCUCGCUGAAAGGAGAACUGGAAGCAAGUCAGCAACAUGUGGAAGCUUAUAAGAUUCAAGUAGCAGAGCUGACAUCGGAGAAGCACAAAGUACAAGAGCAACUAAGGGCAUUGACGGAGCAGCAUCAGCGAGCAGCAAAUACAUACCAACAAAAACUACUUGCUCUUCAAGAAGACUGCAAUGCUGCAAAGGCUGAACAAGCUGCAGUUACAGCUGAAUUUGAAAGCUACAAAGUCCGUGUCCAUAAUGUGCUAAAGCAACAGAAGAAUAAAUCUGCAUCCCAAACUGAACAGGAGGCCUUCCAAAAAGAAAGGGAGCACCUGCAGACGGUUAUGGAUCAAGUGAAAACCAAGCUCCAAGAAACACAGCACACUUUACAUAUGAACACAGCGGAGCUGCAGUCUCUGCAGUCAGAACAUGACAUGCUGCUGGAGAGACAUAAUAAGAUGCUGCAGGAGACUGUUACAAAGGAGGCAGAGCUGAGGGAAAAGCUUUGCACAAUACAGUCGGAGAACAUGGUACUCAAGACCGAGCAUGCUCAAGUGGUCAGUCAGUUAAGUGCCCAAAAUGAGGCACAGCGGAACAGCUUCAGGGACCAAGUGAGACAUUUGCAGGAUGAUCACAGGAAGACUAUGGAGACUUUACAGGAUCAGCUGUCUAAAGUGGAAGCACAGCUUUUCCAAGUUAAAAGCGAAGUUUCUAUUACAAGUUCUCAGCAGCCCCUGAAAAGCUCACGGGAAAGGAGACCGGCUGAUCUUCAUAUCCUGGAUUUAUACUCCAUUGCCAGGGAGGAAGGAGAAGGAAUGGAAACCACCGAUAAUGAUUCUGUGUCCUCAGCCAGCACACAUGUAGCUACCUUAGAACAUCUCCUCAGCUCUCCCGAAAUAAAAACUGACAUUCCUCAGUGGCAGCCAGAACUUUCUAAGGAAGAAUUAGCAGAUAAGCUCAACACAACAUCGAAGAGUGUUGAACAUCUGAGUGGUCUUCUUCAUGAGACUGAGGCAACCAACGCCAUGCUCAUGGAGCAAAUAACUCUCCUCAAGAAUGAAGUGCGCCGUCUAGAAAGGAAUCAAGAAAGGGAGAAGUCUGUUGCAAAUUUGGAAUAUCUCAAAAAUGUCCUGCUGCAAUUCAUUUUCCUCAAGGCAGGCAGUGAAAGGCAGCGUCUUCUUCCAGUCAUCGAUACCAUGCUGCAACUGAGUCCUGAGGAGAAAGGAAAACUGUUUGCUAUUGCUCAAGGGGAAGAGGAGAACGCUGCUCGGCCCCCUGGGUGGGCUUCUUAUCUCCACAGCUGGUCAGGGCUUCGGUAGUUGAUGAAAAUUGAAUGAUCUUCGUCAGACUUUUAUAAAGAUUUGCACUGUUUAAGCAUCUUUUUCUCUAAGUUGUCUUGCAUAAUUGUCUUUAUUGUGAAACUGAAAACCUAAAUGUCUAUUCAAACUGAAGAAACAAAUCGGAGUGCCUAUUUACCUUUUCUGUGAAAGUAUUGUAGGGGAAGUCAAUCUGCACAGCACACUUUCUUACAAUUGACAAAUGUUUACUAUAUACUCUUAAUUUAUAUUGUGUUUUAAUGUUUUCUCCAGGAUAAUAUUUCCAUUCCAUUGCCAUGGUGCAAAAAAAAAAGUAUCCAAAAGAAAUUUCAUUGCAGAUCUUUUCUAAAGCAAGUAGUAGGAAUGAAUUUGUUAUAUGUUCUAUGGCAUUAUAUGUUACUUUGCACAUUUAAAUGUAAACCAAAGAAUGUAUAUGAAUCCCAGCUGAGCACAUGAGUACCUUCUAGAAGUGAUAUAUGGAGAAGAGAGGGUCCUAAACACAGCAUUGUGUCAAAUGACAGCAGUGUAGAUCACCUUGAUAAUCUUUUGUAGUUUUGUUUAGAAAAUGAAGGCAAAUCUCAAGGAGUACAAUGAUUUAUCUUUUACACAUUAUUUUGUGUGUGUCACUCCAGCUUUUGUGUUGUAAGCUUUAAUGAUGCUGAUUUUCUAAUCUGAAUGUAUGUUUAAUGUUGGUACAAAAUGAUCUAUUAACAGGCUACAUAGACAUCUUUUACUGAUCACCUUUCUGUUUAUUUAAAGGAGUACUCCACUGGCCAGCGUUCAGAAGUAAAUGUUCCGAACGCUGUUUUCGUGCUGCGGGGGUUGGCCACGCCCCUCUUGACGUCACGGCUAUGCCCCCACAAUGCAAGUCUAUGGGGUGGGGCUGUCACGCCCCCUCCCAUAGACUUUCAUUGUGGGGAGUGGUCAACUCCAGCAGCGCGAAAACAGCAUUCGGAACAUUUACUUCCAAACGCUGGCCCGUGGAGUACCCCUUUAAGUGAUUCUUAAAAAAGCCACAGCAAAGCACCUUGGUUCAUUAACAAUAAUGGGAAGUGUACAUGGAAUCAAUGUCUACGUCUAUCUCUUACGGAGGAGCCUCAGGAAGUUAGCUUCAGCAGCUCUAAAAUAAGUUAAGCAGCAGUCAGAAUGGUUUGUUUGAAUGGCAAAUAUGCAAAUGAUUGCAAUUAUUAGAAAAGUGGAUUCUUCCAGAGCUCAGUGUCAGUGGGGCGUCUCUAGAUCUUGUGAGACUUGCACUGUCAUACCAGAUCAUGUCCUAUGACUGCUGGAGCUGCUCUGACAUUGUUUCUGUGACUGGAUAGUGACAGCAUUACAGCAUGCCCAAUUAUCAUGUUAGUGUUGUCACAUUAGUAAGUAAGUAGUAGCGGUCAAAGAAAUGGGUCUGUUUGUGGGAGGAACAGAGGCAUGUAGAAGAAAUAAUGCAUUGCAAUCAGGACAUUGAGGAAUGAACAUGUGUACGGUGCAGGUUUGACUGUUUUUGGGACAUGGCAGGUCCAUCCUUGUUAUUAACUCAAUAAUUUGCACUGGAAAUGUGAGUCCUCUCCAAACACAAGGCAGAUACCUUCCAAUACUACAGUGUGUUGUCUCCAUCUCAGUUACAAACAAUAUACUGCAAUAAUGGAUUUCAACUGCCUGACCCUAAUGUUUUGGGAGAGAAAAGCUGCUAACCCCUCCCUUCUCCAUUUUACAUAAUUUAUAGCUCAUCUCUGCUACUAUCACGGUUCUUGAUUUCUUGCUAUCGGGGAAAGUAUAUUCUCUUCUUAUAUUAAGGAAAUACUGUUUAUGAAACUCUAUAAAACUUCCAAUUAAACUAGAGUCUCUUUAGGUAUUAUACAGCUACUUGCAUAUUUACAUUUUGCUUCAUGCAUAGAGUUGGAUGUUGCAUACCUCCUUUGUCUGUAAAUGUUAACUCUAGUGUAUAUAUCUGCUGAAAAGGUGCCAUUCAAGUGUAGGAGAAAGCAGACCGUCGUUGUAGUCCUUCCACCAGAAAACUCCGCUAUAAAACUCCUGUUUAUCUUUUGAAGCUUGAUGCAAAGUUGCAGUAUUUUAUUAUACAUUUAUUUGUUCUCAGAAUUGGGCCUGUUUGAGUCUGGGAUUGUUUUUUUUUCCUUUAAUCAUAAUUAUUAUUAUUUUUUUAUUAAACAUAUUUUCUAUUAACAUCACAGCCAAUGUAGCAGUAGAAGUAUGGUUUACAUUUUUACAUAAGGCCACCUCUUUCCCAACAAUGUACAGAUGAUUUUGUAAAGUUUUACUCCCGUUUGAUGGAAAAACAUUUAGAAAUAUAACGUAUUCAGCCAUUUUCUAUGACGAUGGGGGGAAAAAUGAGUGGCUGCUUCACUGGUCACUGCAGUUUUACAAGAAUACAUACAUUUAACUAAAGUUAGUGACUUGUUUUUAUUGAAAUACAUUUUAAUCAGAAUUCAAUCCAGUCCGUGUAUAUUAAACUACUUAAUUUGAUAAUCGGUCUGAUUAUUAUGAAUCUCUUAAAGGGAACCUCUCAUGGGGCAGUCCCACUGGACAUGAUUGAUAGAUUUCUCUCUGAGUGUACAGAUUGAUCUACCAGUCAAGUGGGGAGAAGCCGCUGGGGACUGCCCAAUUUAUUAUGGUUCGGGCAGCAUGAAAUUAAUGACAGGUUCCCUUUAAAUAAAGCUAAAAUUAAACUUGUUGCUGUUAGAAAGACUUGGGGAAUGUUCACAUGGGCAUUUAAACACGCUGUUUUGAAUGCAGAUUUUCGUGUUAAAACAGUGUGAUGUCACUGCCCUAAACUGACAAGUUGCUUCUUUUCAGCUCUGUUUAGCUCUUCGGGUCACAUGUGCCGUAUUUUGCUGCAUAUUUGCUGCUGUGUAUUUUCUUACCCAUUGAAGUCAAUGGGUAGAAAAAUCAGCGGCAUAUUUUGCUGCCCAUUGACUUAAAUGGGUAGGGAAAAUAUGCAUAAUUAAAAUGUCAACUGUGACUCUACCCUAAAGCUCCCAAAGAGAGCCUUAGUACGUCACGUGUACAGGCUAUAAGCCUGUGUGAACUUACCCUUAUGCUUGACUGAUGAUACCUUGUUGCUUUACUUUUUACAAAAAAUUUAUUGUACAGGCAUGCUAAUAUUACUCUUUACUAGGUAUAGCAUCUCUUACAUACACUGGCAUCCAGAAUGUUUAAGUCAAGUUGGCAGAAUGGAAAAAUUGUAUGCAUGCGUGGAGAAAAAAUAUUUCAGUAAUGAUUUAUUUUUUUUAAAGGGGUACAUUUAAUUCCGAACACUUGGUGCGGGCGAUCGUGAUGUCACGGCCCCGCCCCCUCGUGACGUCACACCACACCCCCUCAAUGCAAGUUGUGGUGUGAUGUCACGAGGGCCGCGGCCAUGACGUCACGACUUUCUAAAUGAACGCUGGGUGCUGCACAGAGAUUGCGGGGUCCCAGCGGCGGGAUCCCUGUGAUCAGACAUCUUAUCCCCUAUUAUUUUAGAUAAGGAAUAAGAUCUCUAGUAGCGGAGUACUCUUUAAUCCUAUUUGGAACAUGACAGCAAUUGAAUUUCAUUUGCUAUGUAUGCCUGGCUAGAGUGAUUAUCUUAAAACUGCGGACGGUCAGGUUGUUGGUUAGAUGGACUUGUGUGUUGUUUUUGCUCCACAAUAAAUUGUUUACUCUCUAUCCGAUUAUGUGGCGUUCCAUAUGUUUAUCAGUCCUGUAAAAGAAUUUAAAAAACAAAAUAUAGCAUAUAGCAAACCUUGUACUUGUGGGAGCAUACCUCAGCUGUAGCCAUAGAAUGUGCACAUUUAUGAAAUUCCUGUGUAAACUGUGAAUAAAUCCUGCAGUUCCUGCACACUGUAAUAUCUCUUCAAAUAAAGAUAUUUUGAUUUGUG